GCCCGCGCGGAAGGAGGCGCUUCCCGGCAGGUGGAGGCUUCUCUCUGAAGAGAGAGAGAGGGUCAUUUGGACAAAGAAGGGAGGAGGUCCAGGUUGGGUGGUCUUGGGAAGGAUGCCCUGGAAUCCGAACUUUGUUCCGGGGAAGUAGGAUGGAAAACAGAGGCAUCUGGACCGAGCCCGGGACCGGCCAGCCUCCGGGUAGCACCGCAGCUCGGCGAAGGUAGAAGGUGUUACCAAGUCCAGAAAUUGAGGGUAGCGGAGUGGAAGAGAGCCGGGAAAUGGGUAGUCGAGGCCGGAGCUCAGAAGGGGAAGGUGGACGAGUUGCCGGGCUGCCUGCGGUCGUGGCUGGGCCUUCGAGGUCUAGACCUCUGCCUUGCUGGUGGUCCGUGGAGCCCAGGAAUCGGGCGGCUCGCUGAGCCCAGCCCUCGACGGACAUUGACACGAGGGAGGGGAGAAAAGAAUCCCGGGACAGCGCGGAGACGUUCGAGCUUCGCGAACGCACAAUCAGCGCCUAAUUCUCUCCGGUAAUCCAAGCCCAGCCUGAGGCCUUUGGACCCCCGACGCCCCAGACCGGCUCGUGGGGAGUUUGGCGGCCCACGGCCACUGGGCGUACCUGGGGGGCGUGGCCGCCGCGCGAGGUCCCGGCGCGAAGGAGUUAAGCGGAGGCCCGGCCCGGCCCGGCCCCGCCCCGCCCCUGGCAGGCCGCGGAGCCUGAGCCCCAGCGGCGAAGCGGAGCCGCCGCCGCCCGCCCGCCUGUCCGCCUCCGCCUGCGGGGAGCCCGCCCGCCGGCGCCCCGGAGCGCCGCCGCCGGCCCCGCCGCCACCGUCACCUCGCGGCCCAGGCCCUGAGCGGAGCGGCGUCCGUCCGGGCCCUGCUGAGCGGCGCGGCGGGGGCGGGCCCCGGAUCUCCGACAGGUCUUCCAUUCGCCGGCCCGGAGCGCGAGCUCCGCAUCGGGCUCGGCCCGUACCCAUGGCGAGCGCGGCCUGCCCGGGUCCUGGGGACCCUGCCAUGUAAAGCAGGCCCGGGCUGGGGGCCCGGCCAUGGCUGGGGAACGGCCCCCGCUGCGGGGCCCCGGGCCGGGAGAGGCGACCGGGGAGGGGCCGGGGGGCGCCGGCGCAGGCCCGGGCCGGGGCCGCCCCUCCUCCUACCGAGCCCUCCGCAGCGCCGUGUCCAGCCUGGCGCGCGUGGACGAUUUCCACUGUGCGGAGAAGAUCGGGGCCGGCUUCUUCUCGGAGGUCUACAAGGUCCGGCACAGACAGUCAGGGCAAGUCAUGGUGCUGAAGAUGAACAAGCUCCCCAGUAACCGGGGCAACACGCUAAGGGAGGUGCAGCUGAUGAACCGGCUCCGGCACCCUAACAUCCUAAGGUUCAUGGGGGUCUGUGUGCACCAGGGACAGCUGCACGCUCUUACAGAGUAUAUGAAUGGUGGGACCCUGGAACAGCUGCUCAGCUCCCCUGAGCCCCUGUCCUGGCCAGUCAGGCUCCACCUAGCCCUGGAUAUUGCCCGAGGGCUGCGGUACCUACAUGCCAAGGGUGUGUUCCACCGAGACCUCACAUCUAAGAACUGUCUGGUCCGAAGGGAAGACCAAGGCUUCACAGCUGUCGUAGGUGACUUUGGGCUGGCUGAAAAGAUUCCUGUGUAUAGGGAAGGGGCAAGGAAGGAGCCAUUGGCUGUGGUGGGUUCCCCAUAUUGGAUGGCUCCAGAGGUAUUGCGGGGUGAGCUGUACGAUGAGAAGGCUGAUGUCUUUGCCUUCGGGAUCGUCCUCUGUGAGCUCAUCGCCCGAGUACCUGCAGACCCUGACUACCUACCCCGUACUGAGGACUUUGGCCUAGAUGUGCCUGCUUUCCGAACCCUGGUAGGGAAUGACUGUCCACUGCCUUUCCUGCUUCUGGCCAUCCACUGCUGCAGUAUGGAACCCAGCACUCGCGCCCCCUUCACUGAGAUCACCCAGCACCUGGAAUGGAUCCUGGAGCAGCUGCCUGAGCCAGCCCCCCCUGCCAGGACUCCCCUGAUACACAAUCAGGGUUCUGUUCCAAGAGGUGGUCUCUCUGCCACGCUUCCAAGGCCUGACCCCCGGCUCUCACGAAGCCGGUCAGACCUCUUCCUGCCCCCAUCACCAGAAUCACCCCCAAACUGGGGGGACAAUCUGACUCGAGUCAACCCCUUCUCACUACGGGAAGACCUCAGGGGUGGCAAGAUCAAGCUUCUGGACACACCCUGCAGGCCAGUCACCCCCUUGCCCCUGGUACCACCGUCACCACUGCCCUCCACUCAGCUGCCCUUGGUGAGCACGCCAGAGACCCUGAUCCAGCCUGGGACGCCUCUCCGACGCUGCCGCUCACUACCCUCGUCCCCUGAGCUCCCCCGACGGAUGGAGACUGCACUGCCAGGUCCUGGCCCACCUCCCGUGGGUCCCUCAGCUGAAGAAGAGAUGGAGUGUGAGGGCAGUAGCCCAGAACCUGAACCCCCAGGACCGGCUCCCCAGCUUCCACUUGCUGUGGCUACAGACAACUUCAUCAGUACUUGUUCUUCCGCCUCCCAACCCUGGUCCCCUAGACCAGGACCUCCCCUCAACAACAACCCUCCCGCUGUGGUGGUGAACUCCCCACAAGGCUGGGCCGGUGAGUCCUGGAACCGGGCCCAGCAUAGCCUGCCCCGAGCAGCAGCCCUGGAGCGGACAGAACCCUCGCCACCCCCUGCCACUUCCCGGGAGCCUGAGGAUGGGCUGCCCUGUCCUGGCUGCUGCCUUGGCCCUUUCAGCUUCGGUUUCCUGUCCAUGUGCCCCCGUCCCACUCCAGCUGUUGCCCGCUACCGCAACCUGAACUGUGAGGCAGGCAGUCUGCUCUGCCACCGAGGGCACCACGCCAAGCCACCCACACCCAGCCUGCAGCUGCCUGGGGCACGCUCUUAGCAGUGGGGCCUGUGAUCUCAGGCCUCCAACUUUAGUCUGAGGACACCCUGUGAGGACAGAGUGCACUUACUGGACAGUGUCAGCCCCACUUGGCUGACCGGCUCUGCUCCCUAUAGGGAGCCUCGGCAUGGACUCAAUGGACAGAGCACUUUGUAUCCAACCCUGGGCCCGCUCUCCCAGGGGAUCACUGAACCACACAGCAUUGCUGACGCACAAGACUAACACGUGCAAAUUAUUUAAAAAUAUGUCAAUAAAACUGCCUGGCUGGCUCCGGGCCGCCCCAUCCA